AUGACUGAGGAUAUUUACCCAUUGUUCGGAUGGGAGGACCCUGUUCCGAAUGAAUUUAAGGAGAUCUUCUCCAAAUGCACCAAUGAGUCAGACUCUCGAAAGUGUAGUAGCACAUUAGAAGAAUCAUUAAUAGUUGACGAAGAUUAUGAGAUAAUAGGAAGAAGCCAAAAUGAAAAUUCAAUCUGCCCACUCUGUUAUCAAAAUGUACAAUAAGGUAAUACUCAAUUGUACUCCAAUCUACUUUCCCAGUAUUUUGAUGUGCACACUAAAUGUGCCCUCACAUGCAAACAUAAAACAGCAUAACUUGCCUUGUUAACAGAUUAAAUCAAGCAUGCUCAAAUAAUGGAGAGAGUGCCAGUAGACUACGACUUAUUGGAUCUGAACGUCAAAGUCUUCAUAGAAUUUAGAAUAUUCCACACUAUUGCACAACAGCCAUAUCUCAACCUCACUCACUCCACAACUCUGAAAUAGAAGAAAAAUGCCUCUAUUCUAAUAGAUUAUGCAAAUCUGAGAGAGUAUUUUGGAAAAAGACAGAAGCAUCUUGUACCAUUGAUAUAAGGUCGUAUUAAAAUUGAUGUUCACAUUAUGGAUAGUAAUCUUAUGCAAGAAGCAAAGAAUGUCCAUAGUUAUGAAUUCUACUACAAUGCAAGCAAAGUGUCUAGCGAUUACAUCUGCAUUGGUUACGAUGAUAUAUGCAUUUCAAUGUAGAGGGAAGAUGAACACAAUCAACCAUUGUUGUGUUUAAAAUCACUUAAAAUCAACUUGUCUCCAGACAUUACUAAAUGUCUGACCAAACAAUCCCCAAAGUCCUCUCCCAUUGUUGAUUCAUUCCUUUUCUCACCUAAAACACGUAAUUUCACUCCUCAAGUUGGUCCCACUCAAUAAAGAGUCCGAUUCUAAUCAUUCCAAUUGGAAGAGUAGACACAACCAGAUGAAUGGACUGAAGAUUUAUAAAGUUUUGAGUAAAUAAGGGGCAAGAUAGUGAAUUUUGCAAAGACUUAACAUGGGAGUCGUCUCAUCCAAAAGCAUUUCACUACAUGUACACAAAUAGAGUUGGAUCAAUUAUUGCAAGAGAUAGGUUCAAAUAUAGGGGAUUUAAUGAUUGAUCCUUAUGCCAAUUAUAUGUUUGGUAGUUUGAGUUAAAGUUGUGCUCCCCAUUAACGAUUAUAUAUUUUACAAACAAUUUCCAACCGCUUAGUAGAUAUUGCAUGUGAUAAAAAGGGUACUCAUGCUAUUCAAUCUUUGGUUUCUUUGAUAUCAUCAAAAUAAGAAGAGGAAAUGGUUGAAAAUAGCAUAAAAAAUCAUAUUAUUAAUCUCACAUUAGACAGCCAAGGAACACAUUUGAUCAAAAAGAUCAUAGCGAGAUUUUCUGAGGAUCGUUUGAAUUUGAUAUUUAGCAAAUUAAUGGAGAAAUUCAUUUAGGUUGUCAAUCAUCAGUUUGGACUUUGUGUUUUGAAGGAUCUCAUAACCAAAUUUAAAAAUAAUCCAGAGAAAUGCACCUUUAUUUUAAUUAAGAUGCGCGAUCAAUUGGAUGACAUAGUGCAAGAUCCCUUCGGUAAUUAUGGUGUACAACACGCGAUCGAUGUCUAUGGAGAUUUAAAAUGCACUCCUAUAAUUGAUAAAAUCUUAUAGAAAUUGGUACAACUAUCAAUCCACAAAUAUUCUUCAAAUGUUGUGGAGAAAUGCAUUUUAGAAACGUCAGCAAAAACCUAGAAACGAUUCAUCAAGCAAUUGUCUCAAGACGUCAUUUGUUUGGAAUUGAUGAAAAAUAAGUUUGGAACCUUUGUAUUACAGAAGGCUCUUCAGGAAGCUGAGAAAUUAGGCGAAGGAGAGCAAUUGCAAUAGGCUCUUUAGCGUAACUUGCCUUCCAUCUAUGCUCAGAGCAUUAGGCAGAAGUGGACGGAUUACUUAACUAAGAAGUGA